AUUUCCAAAACGUCAUUACUAAGUUGAGUUAGGAAAAAACUCUUUCUGGGUACAAGUUAUAAGACAUCAUGUAGAGAGCUGAUAAUAUCUCUGUGGGUUGACACUUCCUGAAGCUCUGUCACUAAAAAAAUUGUUUCUCUUCCUCCUAACUAUAUCUGACUUGAGCACAACUACUGUCAGUGCUUCGAUUAUGCAUCCUCUAACUUUGAUAUUGCUUUUGGCUGCAGGUGGCUGUGAGGCACUGUACAGGCAGAAGCUGACAUGUCCCUACGAACUGAAGCACAAGAGCCUGCCAAGGGUUUGGUGCAGGCAGAGCUCCAGCGACUGUUGCGUUGGCCUCACCUUCAGCCAGGGUGCCCACUUAGUGGAUGAAGGCAAACUGGAGGUGACCCAGGGUCCAGACUCCUUCACUGUAGCGGUGCUGAUGCCAAGCCAUGGAGAGGGAAUGUACUGGUGUGGUGUGCUGAGCGAAAAUGACACCAUCAUCAAGCUGGCUGAAGGCUACUUUCACAAAUCCUCUGGAGCUUAUAUCUGGAGUAUUACUCGCUGGAUUCUGCUUCCUCUGCUCCCCAUGCUGACCAUAUUCACCAAUGUUUUCUUCAGAACAAAAUAAAAACACAUGUAAGAAGGAAGAGGAGCCUUAUGAUGAUAUCACUGUGAGCAGACCUCUGACUCACUCACAGCAUGAGAAUGCAGCAUCUUUCUGUGAGCGGGAAUAAGGGGGGAAAUGAUCAAAGGCACUCCACCAUAUUCUAGUUUUUUUUUCAGCAUCAAUAAGAGACUAUAACAACAGGCACCUUCUUUACUGUUCAGCAAAUAGUUUUGCACCUGGCAGCAAAGCCAUGCACAGAAUCAUCCACGUCCCCCCUUACAUAUUAGGACAUAUACAAAUAGUCUGUCUGUAUGUCUUUUGUGCAAAAAAAGUGUAACUUCCACAAUAAAAUCCUUGAACUCCUUCUACUGCACUAAAAA